AUGUGGUCCCUCAGACGUCAUGCUGGAUCCCUUUCCCUUGACAACUUAUCCACCCAAACGCAAUUCAUGAAUACAAACUUUCGCAGCCUUCCCUCUGCUAGGUUAUCCGAUGAACCCACAUUAUUGCCUUAUCUGAAGCACAAAUUUUCAAAAUUGGAAAACUAUCAGACUUCAUUCGCAGACGUGAUUCCACCCAUGACAAGGACAGCCUGGAUAAGGGCAACGGGAUCCGCUUUUGAUACAAAACUUUUCCGCGCCGGCCAAGGCGGCUUUGAAGAUACAUACGAAGUACAGGUAUUCAUGUUUCAACAUACUUUGACGGAUCAUGAUUGUGGAUCUUGGUGCAUGCUCUUCGGCAAGUUGAAGACGACAUUUCAUUGCAAAUACGGAUCCAAUCAUGCAGUGCUAUGA